CUGCAUGUUGAACCUUGUUCAUCGAGCUCUUCUUACCAGCUGCUUAACUUUCUUCGCUUUAGUGGGGUUCAAGGAGUAGGCAGAGGUGUAUAAACUGUGCACCAAAUCUGUGUGAGACCACAAAACUAACAGCUCAACAUGCGGGCGCUGGUAACGCUGCUGACACUACUGCUGCUACAAUAUGAUCCAACAUGUGGAGCGACUGACCCCACAUACCUGGUGGCAGUCACUUCUCAGGCAGUCAGUGGCACAACAGAGACUCUGUGUGCACAUAUCCAUGAGCCCAGUACAAGCCUUUCUUUGGUGGUAACCUUGACAUCAAAUAAUGUAGAUGUGACCAUUCUUAAAGAGAGCUCUAUUAGAAAGAGAUUUUACAAGUGUGUGCCUUUCCAGGUCCCCGUGGUGCUUGUAGACACUGUGGCAACUGUCUAUGUUAAAAUUGAAGGCGCUGAAUCACCACUAGACAAAAAAACUCAGAUUCUCAUAAAGCCUCCAAUGAAGCUCAUUUUGAUCCAAACAGACAAGCCAAUCUACAAACCAGGAGAAAUCGUAAAAUUUCGCAUCGUAUCUUUGGAUUCCAAUUUCCUGAUUCGCAAUCAGAAGGAUCCUAACUCGAAUCGCAUUGGUCAGUGGUUGAAUCGGCCCACCAUGGAUGGCAUUUUAGAUCUGUACCACCGCAUGACACCUCAGGCUGCUGAGGGCAACUACAUCAUCACUGCUUGGGAUGAGAAGAACCAAGAAACAAAACACUCCUUUAAAAUUAAAGGAUAUGUUCUGCCUAAAUUUGAAGUCAAUGUGAAUCUUCCAACCGUUAUAACUCCCACAAACAAAGAGUUCAUACUAAACAUUUGUGCUCGAUACACCUAUGGGAAGGGCGUGCAGGGGUCUGUGGCUGCUGAAGUGUGUGGAACAAACUAUAUCUAUAACUGGUAUCGCCAAAGUGCACCUAAAACAUGCAGAAACUACGUCGUAAAGACCGACAAGACUGGCUGUGCCUCUCAGGUAAUAAAUUUGUCUGAAUACGGCAUGAGUCCAGGAGGAUAUUUUCACAUCAAUUACAAAGUAGAAGAGGAUGGAACGGGGAUUGCUGUGGAGGGUUCAGCCGGUGUUUCUUAUAGCAGUGAUGUCAUCACAGUUUCCUUUGUUGAUGCAGCAGAUGUAUACAAACCUGGGAUUGCCUAUGAGGGAAAGGUUCUGGUCAGUGAUGUUUACAACAAACCCCUGAACGGUCAAAGAGUUCAUCUCAUUGUAAACUACGAUUUCAAAAGUGUGAAUAUGACUCUUACAACAGACAGCAACGGCACAGCUUACUUCUCUUUAGACACCGCAGUUUGGUCAAGUCAACCUGCUUAUUUACAGGCUCGCCACAUUGAGGAUAAACUCCAGAAUGGUUUCUGGCCAACAGAAAGAUCUUUUAAUGGAGGCAAUCUUUCGUUAAGGCCGUUCUACUCUAAAAGCAAAAGUUUUCUAAAGAUAAUUUCGACUUUAAACCCAUUGAGUUGUGCGAUUGAUGCAAAUGUGGAGUCCAGUUACAUCAUUCAGGGCAGUGCACUGAAAAAGGGACAGAAAAUACUGGAUGUUUUCUACAUGGUCUUUUCGAAAGGCAGUAUGGUUCAAAAUGGACUUGUCUCUGUCAACGUGCAGUUGGGAAUGGAAAACAAAGGCAAAUUGUCAUUCACAUUAAAAAAGACCACAGCCCUGUCUCCAUUCGCCCAGGUGGCGGUGUACACAGUUCUUCCUAACGGAGAAACUGUAGCAGACAGUUGGAACUUCCCCAUCGAACAAUGCUUGCCAAACAAGGUUUCCUUAACUUUCUCAUCUUCCACGGCUCUGCCUAAAGACACAACGACUCUAAACCUGAAAGCCCAGCCUGGCUCCCUUUGCUCCAUCAGGUCCAUUGAUCAGAGCGUACUGGUUUUAAAACCAGAGGCUCAACUCAACGCUGCCUUUGUUUUUGGAAUGUUACCAGUCCAAAUGCUGGGGGAUUACCCCUACCAAGUCUGGGAAAAUGAAGAUCCCUGUAUACCUAGAGACUGGCAUCCAGUAGACCCCCCAAUACUGAUAAGGGAUCCAAUUGGUCCCCUAUUGCUGGCGAGAGAAAGACGCUCACGCUUGUAUUACCCUUAUUACAAUAGAAACGAUGCACACAGUACCUUUAAAGCAAUUGGAGUCAAAAUUGCUACCAACUCUGAUGUGAAGGAACCUGUUAACUGUUAUGGAACUAUUCUUAUGAGGCCAGAUAUGGUUGCAGAAGCUGCUGUUCAACCCGCUGCAAGAGAAGAAAUUAUGGCUGUUGGUCCACCUGUGGAAAAAUCUGUUCAAAAUUCAAUCCGCAAGUUAUUUCCGGAAACUUGGAUAUGGGAUCUUGUGCCUGUGGGGAGGUCUGGAUCAUUGACUCUUACAAAGACCGUUCCUGACACAAUCACUAAAUGGGCCACCGACGCUUUCUGCACGUCUUCUGUUGGUUUUGGCGUGGCACCCAGCACUGCUCUCACUGCCUUCCAGCCGUUCUUUGUCAGCCUCACGCUCCCCUACUCUGUUAUACGUGGAGAGGAGCUCUCACUCAAAGCCACUGUAUUCAACUACCUCCCCAAAUGUAUUAUGGUGAAGGUCACGUUGGAAAAUUCAGAAAAGUUCUCAGCUCUGCCUUGUAAUGGCUGCAAUUACACUCAAUGUCUUUGUGCUGAAGAGAGCAAAACCUUUGAGUGGACGGUUACAGCAACGGUUCUGGGAGAGGUGAAGGUGACUGUGAAAGCUGAGACCAUGAGGACUCAAGAACGAUGUGGGAAUGAGGUUGUGACUGUGCCAGAAGGACGCCGUAUUGACACUGUGGUGCAGUCGUUUCUGGUCGAGGCUGAGGGAGUUAAGCAGAUUAUCACUCAGAAUGAACUCCUCUGUUUAACAGGUAACCAAGUGAACACAACUGUCUCUCUUAAACUCCCUGAAGUUAUUGUCAAGGAUUCUGAAAAAAGCUUUGUCACUGUACUGGGUGAUCUGAUCAGUCAUGCUUUAAAAAACAUUGCUGAUCUGUUGCGUAUGCCUUACGGCUGUGGUGAGCAGAACAUGCUGAACUUUGCACCCAAUAUUUACAUCCUUCAGUACUUGGAGAGCAGUGGACUGCUCACGCCUGAUAUUUUGGCACGAGCUAAAACUUAUCUGGAGACUGGCUACCAAACACAGCUGAAUUACAAACAUUCUGAUGGAUCUUACAGCGCCUUUGGGAACAGUGAUCCUUCUGGGCACACCUGGUUAACUGCAUAUGUGAUGAAGAUUUUCGAAGGGGCAAAGAAACAUGUGUUUGUAGAUGAAACCAACAUCGAUCAGGCAAAGAAUUGGUUGGGUCAGCUCCAGCAGGGGAAUGGGUGCUUUAAAACAGUGGGCAUCCUUUACCACAAUGAAAUGAAGGGUGGUGUCAGUGAUGAUGUCACUCUCACCGCAUACAUCGUUGCAGCUUUUCUGGAACUGGGCAUGAAAACAACCGAUCCCAUGGUGAAGCAAGGCCUUGUUUGUCUGAAAGAAGCUUCCAGCAACCUUGACAACAUGUACUUCACUGCCCUGGUCGCCUACACAUUCACUCUGGCUGGAGACCAAGAGAUGAGACAGAAACUCGUCUCCAACUUGGACAAUCGAGUCAAGAGAGAUGGUGUUGGCCGAUAUUGGACUCAGACAAAUGGGAAACUGACAGGCUCUUUAGAUGUAGAGAUGACUUCAUACGUGUUGUUGGCGCUUCUCUCUGGGCCAACACUGCCAUCAUUUAAACUGGACUAUUCUGCUACCAUAGUGCACUGGCUGGCCAAGAGGCAAAAUGCCUUUGGAGGUUUCUCCUCUUCUCAGGACACUGUGGUGGCCCUCCAGGCACUUGCUAAAUACAGUGCUGCCACCUACAGUCCAACAGGAUCCGUUGUUGUCAAUGUGACCUCCCCCUCAAGCCAGAAAUACAACUUCAUUGUCAACCAGAGUAACCGACUGCUUUACCAGGAGAGACCGCUGCUGCCACCUACAGGAAGCUUCACAGUCGCUACACGAGGCCAGGGCUGUGUGUUUGUGCAGUUUUCCUUGCACUACAAUGUCCUGCCCUCUAACUCCUUGGCCUUCACCAUCAAAACUGAUGCAACUUCAACUUGUCAAAGGAAACAGUACUAUACUGUUACGUUAACGUUUACACUCAGAUAUAAUGGUCCACGAGGAGAGACCAACAUGGUGAUCAUUAAUGUGAAAUUGUUGUCUGGAUUUGUGCUGGAUUCCUUGUCUCUACAAACUCUUCAGCAGGAUUCAAGAAUCAAACUUGUGGAGCAGAAUGAAGGGCAUGUCAUGUUGUAUUUAGAUGGGAUGAAAAAGGAUGAGGAGAAAUCCUUUACCUUGAUGCUUUUGCAGAACGUAGUGGUGAAGAACCUGAAACCAGCUGUGGUGACUGUCUACGAUUACUACAAGACUAGUGACGGUGGUGAGAAGCAGUACACCUCCCCAUGUUAAGUAAUGUGUCGUGCUGUCACUGGACAAUCCAGAGGUGAUAUUCAAUGGUGUGACUUCAUUUCAUCAGACCUUCAAGAUCAAGGAUGGAAUUAAUACUGCCGCAUGAUUUGUUCUUAUAUCUUCUGAAUUUCUUAAAAUCAGAAUAUACUGAUGACAUGCUACUGUGUAUAUGAACUGUAAAUGAUAAUCAA